UCGGUCACCCACCGCAGUUGGGGACCGCCACUGGCCGCAUUCAUACGUCGCCACGCCACGCUCCCGUAUCAAAACUUUCUUACGUCAAAUCAAUGGAUAUAACCUAACUCGUCGCGCGUUUCGGAUAUUAACUAUUAAAAUGUUAUAUUGUUGUGUCUUCGCGUUCGUAAUAAGCCCUUGAUGUGUCCACAGUAAGUGUUUUACAGUGACGUGCUACAGUUCACGGUGCGAAUCAUGUGAAUAUUUUAAUGCAUUGUGUGUUGUGUUGUAAAAAAAAGGAGCCAUGAGUAUCCAAAAGUGCCUCUUGGACAACUCCAGCAGGAUGAUCAAAGCUAUGUCAACGGCUAAAUCCAACAAUAAUGAGGCAAAAACGAAAACAACGCGAAGUUGGAUAGAGACAACAUUCCAGAAGAGAGAGUGCAAAUGCUUCGUAGCCAGCGCAAAAGAUGAGCAUGUAUGCUGGUGCGGGCUCAGCCGGACGGCUCAUGGGGCCAACAUCGCGACAGCGACGCCGGGCGAGGCGUGGGUGCCGGCGCGACACACGCAGCCCGCGCCCACCGACGCGUACGGCACGGUCGAGUUCCAGGGAGGGCCACAUCCUACUAAAGCUCAGUAUGUCCGUCUAUCUCACGACACGCGUCCAGAGCUCAUAGUACAACUGCUGACGAGGGAAUGGGCGCUGGACAGACCGAAACUCCUGAUCACCAUCCAGGGAGGCAAGGCUAACUUCGACCUGCAGCCUAAGUUGAAGAAGGUGCUCAGAAAAGGCCUGUUGAAGGCUGCGAAGACUACUGGAGCUUGGAUCUUCACGGGAGGAACUAAUACUGGUGUGACUCGGCAAGUGGGUGACGCGUUGCAGUUGGAGCGGUCGCAGCGCGCCGGCCGGGUAGUCAGCAUCGGUAUCGCGCCUUGGGGCAUCGUGGAGGGCGCCAAUGAGCUCAUUGGCAAAGGACGCGACGUACCUUACCACGCUAUAGCUUCUCCCAGAUCAAAACUAGCCGUGCUGAACAACCGGCACGCGUACUUCCUGCUAGUCGACAACGGGUCCGUCGGCCGCUAUGGAGCUGAGAUCGUCCUCCGAAGAAAACUGGAGAAAUACAUCGCUGCGCAAAAACUACAUCCUUACACGCAUUCUUCGACGCCUGUGGUGUGCUUGGUGAUCGAAGGUGGCACCAACACCGUGCGUGCUGUGCUGGAAUACGUGACCGACACGCCACCAGUGCCGGUGGUGGUGUGCGACGGCAGCGGACGAGCUGCGGACCUCAUCGCCUUUGUUCACAAAUACGCAUCAGAGAGCGGGGAGCAGACGGUGCUGGAGUCGAUGCGGGACUACCUGAUCGGCACAAUCCAAAAGACCUUCGAGGUGGGUCUGCAGCAGGCCGAAUGCCUCUACAGCGAGCUGCUGCAGUGCACCAGAAAAAAGAACUUGAUCACGGUGUUCAGGAUCCAGGAGCGGGCCGAGGGCGGAGAAGUCCAGGAGUUGGAUCAGGUGAUCUUGACCGCGCUGUUUCGAGCGCAGCACCUAACGCCCAGCGAGCAGCUGUCUCUGGCGCUGACGUGGAAUCGCGUGGACAUCGCCAGGUCAGAGAUCUUCGUGUAUGGACAAGAGUGGCCUCCAGGAGCACUAGACGAGGCGAUGAUGCAGGCGCUAGAACACGACAGGAUAGACUUCGUCAAACUCCUGUUGGAGAACGGAGUGUCGAUGAGGAAGUUCCUCACCAUCCCUCGGUUGGAAGAAUUGUACAACACGAAGAGCGGGCCCAGCAACACGCUGCGGUACAUCCUGAGGGACGUGAGGCCUCACCUGCCGAAGGGAUACGUGUACACCCUGCAUGAUAUCGGCCUGGUUAUUAACAAGCUUAUUGGAGGAGCUUACAGGUGCUACUACACGCGUCGCAAAUUCCGUCCGAUCUACGCGAAGGUGAUGAACAAGAGUGUGAACGUUCAUCGCAACAGCGCGUCAUUCACGCGACAUACCGCUGGGGGGCUCUCCCUCAUCACCGGCUUCAUGCCAGUCACCAGCGAGAUGGCGCUCUUUGAUUACCCCUUCAACGAACUGUUGAUGUGGGCCGUGCUAACGAAACGACACCAAAUGGCAUUGCUAAUGUGGACUCACGGAGAAGAGGCUCUCGCGAAAUCCUUGAUCGCUUGCAAACUAUACAAGGCCAUGGCGCACGAAGCAGCGGAGGAUGAUAUGGAAACAGAAGUCUACGAGGAGUUGAGACAUUAUGGCAAGGAGUUUGAGAAUAAAGCGUUGGAGUUGUUAGACUAUUGCUACCGACAAGAUGACGACCAAGCACAACAACUGCUUACCUGCGAACUGCAAAACUGGUCGGGCCAGACUUGCCUCAGCUUAGCCGUCACGGCCAACCAUCGAGCUCUCCUCGCACAUCCAUGUUCCCAAAUCAUCCUCGCUGAUCUAUGGAUGGGAGGACUGCGAACCAGAAAAAACACCAACCUAAAGGUAAUUCUGAGCCUGCUGUGCCCGCUGUACAUUCUGAGACUGGAGUUCAAGUCGAAGGAGGAACUGCAGUUGAUGCCGCAGACAGAGGAGGAACACCUAGAGAAUGAGAGCAUAGAAGACGAUAGGAGCACCAAGGACCCGACGGACGCCGAGCAGGCGUUGAUUGGCUCAGGGGCCGAAUGUGAAACGCGUGUUGAUCAGAACGGGAAAGUUGGUAAAGUAGGGUGGGAGCCGUCGUACAGAGAGCUGCCGGAGCACCACGCGCCGGAGAUAAAGAGGAUGAGGCCGUUGAGGCUGAGGAAGAAGAUUUACGAGUUCUUCACGGCGCCGAUCACUAAGUUUUGGGCCGAUUCGAUAGCCUACAUAUUGUUCCUAUUGAUGUUUACAUAUACAGUAUUAGUCAAGAUGGACCCGACGCCAUCUUGGCCGGAGAUUUAUUCGAUAUGUUAUAUACUAACGUUCUUAUGUGAGAAGAUAAGGGAAAUUGUUACGUCCGAACCUGUUGCUAUUAGACAUAAGUUCAGCGUGUGGGCAUGGAAUAUGUGGAACACGUACGACGCGGGCUUCAUCAUAUUCUUCCUGGUGGGGCUGACGUUGCGCUUGCGCGUCGGAUCCAUGGACGUCGGACGCGUCAUCUACUGCGUCGACAUCAUCUACUGGUAUCUCAGGAUACUGAAUAUUCUCGGCGUUAAUAAGUAUUUAGGUCCUCUAGUUACAAUGAUGGGGAAGAUGGUGAAGAACAUGAUAUAUUUUGUGGUGCUGUUGCUGGUUGUGCUGAUGUCUUUCGGAGUGGCUCGGCAGGCCAUACUCUACCCAGAGCAGGAGGCCAGCUGGUACCUCAUCAGAGAUGUGUUCUACCAACCGUACUUCAUGUUGUACGGGGAAGUGUUCGCCUCAGACAUCGAUCCUGAAUGCGGAAAGGAGCCAGGAGCCAAGAAGUGUGUUACCGGCCGCUGGAUCACUCCUAUAGCGAUGACAGUUUACCUGCUGGUCGCCAACAUUUUGCUCAUAAACCUUCUCAUCGCGGUCUUUAACAAUAUAUUUAACGAAGUCAAUGAAGUCUCGCAUCAGGUAUGGAUGUUCCAAAGGUUCACAGUGGUAAUGGAAUACGAACAGAAGCCAGUGCUUCCACCACCGUUGAUAAUCUUCUGCCACAUCUACGCGGUGGGGAAAUGGGUCACGAGGAAUGUCUCUCACAAACGGUUUCAGUACGACAAUGGACUCAAACUGUUUUUAGAGAAGGAAGAUAUGGAAAGGCUUUAUGAUUUCGAAGAGGAGUGUGUUGAGGGUUAUUUUAGGGAACAAGAAGUAAAGUUAUCAAAUUCAAUAGAGGAGCGAGUUCGAAACACGACUGACAGAGUGGAGCAUAUCACGACCAAAAUGGAAGAUCUGAACCAGAAAGCGAACUGUCAGAUACAGUCGGUGCAGAGCGUAGAGUUCAGGUUGCGUAAACUGGAAGACAUAGCCGAGCAGACGAUGAACCAUCUGGCCGUGAUACAUCGGUUCAUGGCGACGCACCCAUCGCUCGUGAACCGAGGGUCUACUGACACUCUCGGACCUCCUCCCCCCACCUUCCAAGCUGGGGGUAACAGGCUACGGACCGCUAGUGAUAGAUCUGAGGUGCUGUCGGACAGUGACACGGGCGCGGCGCGGUUCACAGUGCGCCCCGUGCAAGAGGAGGACGAGCGCGCCUCGCAGCCCUCCGACGACGAGCUUCCCCAGUCAGGGCCCGAAGGCGGACCGGAGAAGGAGCCGGAGGCUGACUCGAUAUCCACAUCAUCCGCUGGAAGCGCCGUGGGUCCUGACGUGACGGUUGUCAGACCUCAGCCUUCAAUCACGCCAGCGAGACAGCGCUCUUCUGAUAGCAAUAGAACAGAGCCUAGUGAUGAAAAGAAAGACCUAUCCCAAGCAGCCCCCUCUACAAUAGACGACGCGUUCCUCCCUGAAGUGCGAGAGAUGCCUACAGACCUUCAGAGCUUGCGCCCGCGCACCACGUCCGCCGGGACCCGGCGCACCGCCAACACGCGACGGCGUUCAGAAGGAGGCAACGACUGCGGCAUGGGAGGUCACUACUCCUCGCAACACCUGGCUCCCAGGAGGCAGCACAGCCAGACGCACUCCGAGCCAGACAACUCCGCAGUCGACGCCGGCUCUGUACAUAACUCUGUCACUGGGCGUCAGUCGGGCUGGGAGGCGACCGGUGGCGCGACGGGCAUCCCGUCCGGUCGCAGCCGCGUGGGGGGCGCGCCGCGGUCCCUGCUGCUCGCCAUGCACGAGUACACCAGCAUCACGGAUGAACUGGAGACCGUGUAUGGACUGUUCUCGCCACCUCACACGCCCAGAACACCGAUUACCUCUCGCCUGCUAUCGCCCGCCCGAGCAGCUUCUCCAUCAAUACGAAGACGGCACGCCAGCGAGAUGUCCAACCCAGAGUUCGCCCUGUUCAUGGAGAAGGAGCAUCUCCGAGGAGCUGAGGAGGACGACUACAUCAUCAUGGAGAACCUGAUACAGCGGCGCCUAGAAUUGGGGUCUGUCUUGGACAGAUACGAUGAGGAGGAGGCAGGGGACGGCGCGGCCGACGAUCGGGGGGAAGUCAGCGGCAUUAGCAUCAGCGUGUGCGUCAACAACAGUGGUACGGACGAGCCCAUGCCGCCUCAGACGACAACCCUGCUCACCGUCAGCGAUAGACGACUGCCGCAUCAGAGGCACUCGCUACGAAGGUCAUCAGCUAUCGACAGCCGCGAGUUGCCAUCGCCGCUGCAGCCUCUGUUAGGAGAAGACUCCUGUGGUGAAGUUCUACUUCCAGUACCAAGGCAACCGUCGGGCGACACGAACGCGUCGAGCGAGCUGUCGCUGUCGCACAUGGUGAGCGAGAGCCUGCCGCCGCGGCCGUCCAUCGUGCUGGACUCGUCGCAGCUGCCGCGCCAGCGCUCCGCCGAGCAGCCGCUGCAGCCGCAGCCGCCCGCGCCCGCGCGCCCCGAGACCAUGUGCUAGGUGGACACCACGUCACUUCCUAAGAAGCAAACAACCAAAUAAGAACUCGACUGAUACGCGAAAGGAUUAUAAUUAAUAAUAAUAUAACACCAAAUAUUAAUAUUAAUGGGUAUAAGAACUCACUUUCGCUACUGACGACUUAGUUUAACUGUUUCCCGCUGACUGAAUCGUACACAAUUCUAAAACUGAUCAUAUCGUAGAGAUAUCAUCGAUUUUAACGUUUUGUUGUAAUUUUGUACGUCGCGUACGCCGCGGUUUUUAUUUUUACAUAGUUUUGAUGAAUUUGACAAACUGCAGAGAAAAUUUUGAAUAUGAAAUUUAUUGACCUUAAAAAACGGAGGCGCAUUUAGGAAUUUAUUUCGGGGUGCUUUUACUCUAGACUGUUCUUUAAUUUAACAAGAUGUCUAAUAUAUAAAUAUGGAAUCAAUAUCGGUAUUUUUUUUGCAACAAUAUUUGUGCAAAAUUUUAAUUUAAUGAAGAUUUGUUUGGCAUUAAAGUAAACCAGCAUCAAUAAACAAACAAUAUAAAUACACAGUCUUAAUUACUUACAACUAGCCGACCACGAUCAUUGAGUUCAGGGCCCAUGACCCCCAAAUAAAUCCUGAAUACGCUCAUCAAACAUUUUAAACCAAACACGCAAUGUUUAAUCUUUCUUACUUUACUAAUUUCGCUGUACAUAUGCUAUAAUGUUAGUGCCGUAGACUCACGGUCGAAUGCAAGCCAUUUAGCUUUUAUCUUGUAAUGCGCCAUUGAAUUGGGUUUAUAUUUACUCCAUAGACCUACUUAAUUCAUACCCCAGGUAGUAUACAAGCAUAUUCUUGUUAUUUAAGUAUGGGGAACUUAUUACCCAACACGCCGAACAAAAAUAUUUGGGAUACAAAAAUUUGUCCCAAUUCCGGCCCAUCACCUAUUGCGCGAAGGCUAUCGAAUUAUUAGAUUUUUUUUAAAUAGCUAGAAACGGCUUUUAACAAUAUAAAAAAAAAUUGCUAGCAUUAAAUCGACAUAAUCCAAUUCAUUCAUAUUAAAAUCGAUAACCGCGUUUUAAUGGAUUGGUCUUUUGCGGUUAUUGCUUUUAUAGCUGAUUAAAUAAUUUUAUGCUAGGAAAAUUGUAACAGUAUUUUCAGUGUGACAGAUAAAAGUUAAUUAUUAUAUUGGAUAUUGUAGUAUUUGAAAUAUGACUUCCAUAAUGUUCACUCAAUUAUUUUACAGUUACUAAAGUCAAAUAUGUUCAGUAUAUGUUAUGUUCCUUAACAUUUUUUUGAAGGACAUUGUAGCCAGUGUAACUACUGGACAAAAUGAGACUUAACAUCUCAUGUCUCAGGACGAGCGCAGUGGAAUUCCAAACAAUACUUUGUAAUUCAAGUGGGAUGGUGUUACUACUGUUUAUGGGCGGUCGUAUCGCUUACCAUCAGGCGUACGGCAAGCUCGACUCGUCAUUCAAAGCAUUAAAAAAGAACGAAUAGAGCAAUAUUGAACUGCGUGAUCUAUAACUAUGUUCCCAAGUGCAAUCGAUACCUCUCUUCCGAAGUGGUCAGUAAAUAACCACUCUUUUUCGAUUUUAUUUUGCUCUACGUCGACAAAUGAAUUAAAGGGCUUCGCACACUAAACUUUAAGGAUAUUGCAACAUAUGAAAUGGUUUGCAGUGUAUUGAGGGUAGAUAUGUAGUUAGCCAUAAGUGUUGUUUAACGAAUCCUGAACUUGAAAACGCUUUUAUAAAUUAACUUGAAAUAUACUUUUUUGUUUAUCUUAUAUGAAUUUAACGCUUUGAAGUAUUUUUUAGAUAAAAAAAAACGAUUGUUAGAAAGGAUAUAAAAAAUUAAGGCGAUUUGAAUUUUUUAUUUUUUCAAUUACUUUUGUCCCUGGCUGUACAUAUACUAGGACAGCCUAUUUUGCACUUCCUAAUAAAAUAACCAAGAAGUCCGUUGAUAAAUUUAUCAGAAACAUUUAGGUAACAUUAACUCAUAUACGGCGUAGCUAUUUCACAUAGUAGGUAAUAAACGCAGACCAUUUCUUACGUUUCUGCCAAUGUUAGACAUUGAAAUCAAACUAUUUAAAGGAUUUUAUCUCGUUUUUUUUUAUAUCUAGAUUUAUCGAAAAGCAGAGAGAAAAUUAUAAUAUAAAAAAACCGCGACAAAAUCCGUAAAAUAGUUUUAUUUUAAACGUAAACUAAUUCUUCAGAUAUAAAAGCAAUAUAGACCCAAUUCAAUGAAUUCAUAAUAAUAAAUUGUACAGUUUUAUGAUUCAGAACGAAUAACUGAGGUGAAGACGUGUGACAAUACAUGUAUUAGUGCUCACGAUGUACAUACUGUUGUCAGAAUGUUAAAUGGUUAAUGUUAUAUAAAAUAAAUCGAACUGAGUUAUAAUAAUAGCGUAGGUUACAGUAGAUGUAAAGAUUUUUACGUCAUUCUGCAUUUUAUAUACUAUUCUCGUGACUUCGCACACUACAUCGCUUCAUUACUACACAAUAAUUGUUCAAUGCAAAACUUAUUUCUUCUUAAAUACCGAGCCAGGAAGCCAGAGGUAUCUUAAGUAUUAAGAUUUACUUUCAUUUUAAAUUUUUACGCUCAGGACACUGGCCAUCUUGAAAUUAAAUUACUUAUGUUUUUUUUAUUCGUUCCACAUGACCGGCUAAGGUCAGAGACCAUGCUGCCAUGUCAUAAAUAAAAUUGCUUCAUUGUAAGAAAUUACUUAUGAUUGCAAAGACCCGAAACGUUCAGCCAUUCGUAAUAAAUAUAAAAAAAUGAAGUAUUUAAAGUUUUUGUAUUUUAUAUCUUCAUUAAACAUUUUUCCAGUUAACGUUACUUGGAAAAUGUUGAGCCUGCCAAUGAAGUGAUAUUUUUUUGUGCUUUUAUAUAAAUCUAAACAAUAACACUUUUUUUCAAUUCUAGACUUUGGACAUAUCAAUGGUCUAUUACUAUAGCUAUAGGACUUAUUAAAUCACUUUUCAUUCACUAUUUAUGUUAAAUAUUGACCAAUUAAAAUAAAUCUUAGGAUUGGCAUGUAGAUUUUAAACAGUUAAAAAAAAUGGACUAUUUAAUAAAAAAAUACAUACUUACAUAUUAUUAUUAUUUUUAUACGUACCUAUUUUACGUAUUUAAAUUUCCCUAAAUCCAUUUCAUUGAAAGGUGUUAUAGCGUGCAUAGCUGCAAAAUAUAGGCAGGUCAUUUUGAUUUUUCUAAAAUAAGAGUUAACUAAUUUAAUUAUAUACUUUUAUAUGUAUUUAUUAAAAAGAACAUAUAGAAUCAGAUUGAGCGCUACACACAUAAUACUUUGAAAUAAUAAAUAUGAAAUAUUUUAUGUAAUUAUAAUUAUUUUAAAAAUUUGCAAUCAAGUAUUUGAAAAUUCAUCACAAUGUGUUCAAUUAUACCAAAUAUUUUGUGCAAGUUUUACCGUUUUAUUAUACAUACUACACGCAUAAAUACAUUCAAAUUUGUAUAUAAAUAUAAUAAAUUGGAAUAACGAAGAAUUGAUUGUGUAUAGUAGAUGAUUUUUAAUAAAAAAUAUACCUAAUUAAGUCGUCGGUUAAGUAGAAAAUGCAAUAAAUUAUUUUAAUCUAUAGAUAUAAACGGAAUCCUGUCAUAUCACAUCAAUGCCGUAGAUAUUAUUCCAAACCUCGACUAUUCCAAGUUCUGACAUAAAGUAUGUAUUCCAAGUCUUAACUGUUUCGACUGUUCCAAAUGAAUAAUUAAAAAAUGCGGAAAGAGAGCAGUUACAAUACCAAGCUUAAACUAAAUUCUCAGGAAUCCAUGCAUAGUUUACACGAGCUACAACACCAACAUUUAGACGGAUUAUCCGGAUGUUGAGCAAUGGAACUCAUACACACUUUUAAUCCUCUUUAACAUUGCAACUGUAAACGUUUUUAAUUUUUAUAUUAAUACGCGUCACCGGUUGACUAAGUAAUCAAUUUUACCAAAAAAAAUACGAAAUUUGAACUCUAUAAAUGAAAACUUUACCCCGAUGAACAUUGAACCUAUGUCUUUUACCAUCAUUUUAAAAAGAAUAAUUUCAAUAAAGUAAUAAAAUAUUAAUAUUGACUUUAUUUAUUCAUCCAAUCACCACAUUUUAUUUAUUAUAAAUUUUAAAAUAAAGCAUAUAAAGCAUAUGGUCUUCUAAAAUUAUAUAUUCGAAAUAAAAAUAUACCUAUGUUGAGAAAUUAUACCGCUAGAAUAAACCUUUUAAACUCGGCGUACAAUUCAGUUAAUAAAACACAAUUUCUACACAAGUUUCAAAAUAAACGUGCAUAUUCCUUUGUAAAGCUUCCGCGAUAUAAUCCACAAAGCGAGCCACGGCUAUGCACUGAGUGUUAAAAAGAGCAAAGCCAUAAAAAACUAACCACUUAAACAAAGCCAGUUAUGGAUCUAGUAUUUGUACUGUACAUUAAAAGUAUUAAAACCUUGAAAAUGAAGCAAGUUCCUUCGAUCAAUUUUGCGACACUUAAAAAAUUACGUAUAGAGGCAGUAUAUUAGGUUUUCUUGUGCUUUAUUUUUUUUUAAAUUCGUACAUUUUUUUAAAUUAAGAACCGGCUUGCGUCAUACCAUACUGCCAAUGCGUAUAUUGCGAAUGAAUAUUCAUUUUUUUUUCUAUACAAAUUCCAAAGCUAUAACAAUUAUGUUUUAAUAAAUUCUAAAAUCUUUAUAUGCUACAUUCAAGUUUCAAGCUAUCAAACAGCAUUCCACAAAGUAAUCAAUACGAGUGUCCUCGCUUUCGGUGGUCGGUUGAUAUUUUGCCGCGGCCAUAAACAGGCUAGUAAAAGAACUGUAAACGCCCGCCAGAUCAAAAGGGACGCGGCAAUAACCACAAAUGGAAUACUUACGUGUUUACAUUCUGCGGCUAUUCGUUUGUUUCAUUGAAAAAUGUAAUACUGACAGUACUGUGUUUCUAAACUCUAGAGCAGUUGUAUAUUAAAAUUAUGUUGCCGUUAAUAUAGUAAAGAAGGACUUGAGAUAGCAUAAUAUAUUUUAAGCUUCUCGGAAAUCUGUGGACUGCAGCGAAGAAGUUCGCUUGGCACAUUGACGUUGCUCUUAAGAGAAUGGAUCACUGAUUUUGUGACACGGACCGUAUAAGUAAUUUCUAAAGAUAAUCCACAGAUCCAUAGAUAAUCUUAGAUAUAUCAUUAUCUUGCAUACAUUAUACACAAAUGAAAUAAAGCUAAUGUAUUAAAAUAGUCAGCGAAUGGGUUACAAGAGCUUCUUAUAUCAUCUCCAUUUACAUGUUAUAUAACGAACUCAAAAUAUUUGAGUCCUAGAUAGUAGUGCAUCGAAAUAAUUUUCGUCAAUCACAUUUGACCAUUAAAUAGCACAAUUCCGUACAAAAUAAUUUAAUUUAGUAUUCAAUUGCGUAUUUUACUUAAUUUAAUUAGUAAUUACAUUUUAUUGUACAUACUGUCACGAUUUUUACCAAAAUAAAAUGCGCGCUUCCAUAAUGUAUAAUCGAAGACAAAGAAAUUAUAAUUUUAUAUCUAUGGCACAAUGUUUAAAUAUACAAAUUACAUGUUGCUUUGCUCGGUUUGUGGCGAUUUUAUAUUAAUUUUGUAUAAUAAAACAAUGAAUACUGUAAACAAGGCUCCUGGGAAAUGCCCCAGCAGUACAUUUCCACUUUCAGAUAAAUAAAAUACCUUUUUAAAACAUCCAAAUUGUGCACAUUGAUAAAUGUAUAUAAUCAAUGUACAGAAACGUCUGCCUACUGUUUUAUAUGUAAAGAGUUGUCCCUAUUGGGAUUUAGAUUCGACCAUUGUACCCCGCAGUGACAGUCUCACCUCUGUGUUACAACGUAUGUACAAUAAUACAAUAAAUAUAUUUGUGAUAUUAUAAA